UUAUGCUGCAGUCGAUCCUAAAUUUGAGACAGAAUAUAAUCGAAUGUAUCGGUUGUCAUUCUCAUACAUUCGAAAAACUUUUUUGGAUCCUGUCUCAAACUAUUAUAGAGAUGGUGAAAUUCUCCGAGUUGUAGUCUUGCUUGGUUUAUAGGAUGCGCCGAAAACUGACGUUUUUCCCUUACAGUAUUAUGUAGAUGAUAAUAUGCAGCAGUAGGCGUCAACAACAACAUAUUUUCUUCCUUUGAAUCACUCAGUAUUAUAAAUAUUAUAGCUCUUCACUUUUCAAAACUUAAAUUUCAAAUGCAACUAACGCUCUUAUCGCAGCUCUGUUUUAUACACCACACAAAACUAAAGCUCGACGCUAUGCUUUUGUCACUGCUCUUAUCGACGCUCUUAUCGCUUAUCGCAUCUCUGACAUGCACGCACCAGUGCUGCCAGUUUAGCAAUUUAGUUGCUAGAUCUGGCAACUUUUAAAAAAAUUUGCAACUUUUCUUUAUAAAAUGCUAUUAGCCACAAAUCUAGCAACUUUUUAUUUUUUCUUAGCAAUUUUAGCAAUUUUGUUAUAAAAAACGCAAAUUUUAUAUUUUUCUUCAGAGUUUUUUCAUUUUUUAUACCUUUUUGUCAUCGAUUGCACAAAUUACGAUGAAAGCGGUUCGCAAAGAUAUCGGAACAUGUAUUUAUUUCAGUGGUUCGUUUAUAUGAACAACUUUAUUGUGUAUGGUAACUCUUUGAAUUUGUUUGGUGAUAGCAAAGCGAUCAAAAUGCCAAAAGUCUACAAGCAAAAUUUUCGUGAUGCCUGGCUUCAAGACGAGGAGUUUAAGCAAUGGAUUCGCAAGGAUUGCACUGAUCCAACGCGAGCAUAUUGUGCCUACUGCAAAUCCUCAAUAGGCGCAAAGCUUUUUGACAUUCGCCACCACGCUGCCUCAAAAAAACAUGUAGCUGUGAUGGGCGCAUGUACCCAGAAAAAUAAGUUGCAUUUCGUUCCAAAGUCGACCAAAACGCAGGAGCAGGAAGCAGCACUAUGUCUGCAUAUUGCCAAACACUCAGCGAUUGCGACAAGUGAUCAUUUGUCGAAGUUGUGUGUUGAGCAGUUUUCAGCUUGCAAAGCUGCUGCAAAUAUAAAACUAGGCAGAACGAAGUGCACCUACAUCAUUAAAAAUGUACUGGCAAUGCAUUUUAUUAGCGAUUUAAGAAGCGACAUCGGAGACUCAGGCUUUAGUCUUCUAUUGGACGAGUCUACUGACAUCAGCGUCGAAAAAAUUCUUGGUAAGCUUUUUGUCUAAGUAAAUAUUAGCUUGUAUAUACAUGUAUUUAUGUUAAUUAAUAUGUAAUUGUAAAUAUUGUUAAAUCUUAAGGAGUUGCUAUUUGUUACUUCAGUAAGAGUAAAUGGGAUGUAGUAUCAACGUUUCUAGGACUCGAGCAAAUCGAUGCUGGAGACCUGGAAUUUCUUGUGCAUGAGACUUACUCCUGGUUUUCGAAAAGUUGUAGUCGCCAAUUAAAUUAUAAAAAGGUGUAUCAAUGCAUAAAUGAUAACAAGAAUCCCUUAAAAAUACCGAGAGUAUGUGACACAAGAUGGUUGUCGAUAGAGAGUGCGGUUUCUCGUAUCGUGGAUCAGUGGACGGAGCUGAAGCUGCAUUUCGAGUUAGCAGCUACUACUGAAAAGUGUCACAAAGCUCACAUUCUAAACGGAUUGUAUAAAGACGAUACAAAUUAUCUGUAUUUGGUGUUUUUAAAGCCAAUUCUAAAAGAGAUGCAAAGUCUUAAUAAAAACUUCCAAGCACGGAAUGGAAACCCAACCCAAUUACUUUCCGAUGUAAUUGUGGCCAUAAAUUCGCUUAAAUCUAAAAUAAUACCACCAGAUCAUGAAAUUAACAUUUUAGAAGAUGAUUUGGAAAAUGCAGCAGUGCCUAAUAUGUAUUUGGGCUAUGCUUUUGAGCAAAAAAUUAAAGAGGCUCAAUUUCUAUCACAGGAGCUGGAAAUUAGAAAAAUUUGCAUGGAAUUUGUUAAAGAAUUAAUAAUCCAACUACGUGAAAGGUUGCCAGAUAAUAUAGAAAUAAUGCAACUGGUAAAUUUAUUUUCUGUACAAAACAUUGUAAAAGUUUCAAAAAGUAAAGAAAUUUUCAAAGUAUUAGAAUAUUUUGAAUGUAAAAACAUUGAAAAUAUUCAAUUGCAAAUUGAAAAAAUUAAUUUUAUAAAAUGGGAGUUUGUAGAGGACACCAGCAAAUUUUGGACGGAAGUUAUUAAGUACAAAGACGCUGGAAAUAAUAAUCCGUUUAGCGACUUAGCGGAAUUCGCCUUAAAAAUUCUUUCUCUGCCGUGGUCGAAUGCAGAAGUUGAGCGGAUAUUCUCACAAAUGAACAUCGUUAAGAGCAAAUUACGCAACGCCAUGAGCCUUAAAACAUUAAAUGCAAUAAUGUAUAUAAGAUAUGGACUAGAAAGACAUGGCAAAUGUUGCCAUAAUUAUGUCCUGCCAAAUGAAUAUUUGAGUCAAAUAACAAGCAGUGAAAAAUAUUCUGAUGUAUGUGAAGCUGUCGAGCUAGACAAUAUUUUAAGUAUCCUUUAGUUUAAGACUGAUUUAGUUUAUAAAUUGAUUAAGUAAUGAAUUUUAAAUGUAAAUUGUUUGGUUUUUUUUUUAUU